AUAUGGAAACCAAUGUCUCAAUCAGCUGACGGAUGGAUUACAGUUGCCGGCGAAUAAUAGACAGAUGGUAUUUUUUUUCCUUUGCUUUAGUGUUACCUGUCAACGUUCUUGUAUUAUAAUGGUGAACUCCUGUGCAGCGUUGGGUUGCACGGAAAAAUACGUUAAAGGAGCUGACCUUUCAUUUCACAGUUUCCCCGCAGAUGAAGUACGGAGGAAUGUUUGGACCCUUGCACUGAAAAGGAAGAAUUUUAAAGCAAGCAAGUACACAAAAAUAUGCAGUAAACAUUUUUCAUCAGACUGUUUCGACACUGAGUCCUUUGGUUUCGGAAGAAAACUGAAGCGUGAUGCUGUUCCAUCAAUUUUUAAUUGUCCUCUGCAUUCAGCAUCGAAAGGAAGAAAUAAAUUGCCACAGUUUGAAAGAAACACGGAAAAAGUUUCGUCUGCAACGGACAAUGAAAUGUGUUCCACAAAUAAUCCGCCCCUAAAACAGAGAAGGAGGUCUAGAAAAGUUUGUAUGUGUGACUAUCAUAAGGAAGUUGGUAAAGAUGGUCUUGAAAGUACCAUAAAGAAGAAACUUGUACACAGACAAAAAUCUCGGCGUGAAGUGAAAAAAGGUUGUACUGCUCAAGCUUUGUUGUCAGAUUUGAAACAGAAGCAAAUAAUUACUGAAAGUAUUGGCGAAAUGUUAGAGGUUGAUCUGUGUCCUCACACAUUCAUUAUGAAUAUGAGACAGGAGCCAGAGGAUUAUGAGAAUGAGGUUGAUCUGUAUCCUCACACUUUCAUUAUGAAUAUCAAACAGGAGCCAAAGGAUUAUGAGAACAAGUUUACAGAAGGUCCACCAAUAACUGCAGAAUGCAGUGCCCGUAUCAAGGAAGAUCCUGAGCUGGAUCUAGGUGUGGAUGUGAUUGAGAAUGGUGUUCUCAAAGAGCAUUUUCAAACAUCAGUGUGUACUGACAACAUCAAGAAAGAGCCUGAAUUGACAUUUGAAGUGGCUGAAUUGGAGGAUAGUAUUGAUGCAUCUGCAGAACAUUUUGUUCCUGGGUAUUGUUCAUCAAGCAUUAAGAAGGAAGAGGAGUGUGAUUAUCUUGUGUUGUUGAUAGUCACAUAAAUACAAGCAACGGAUCAUUUUUAAAA